AUGAAGGUAUCUCACGUCGUUGUUUCUGGAGCGUUAUUGGGGAGCCCUGCCUAUGGCAUGUGGUUUCGUCGGGAAGCGGUUGACCCCGUGGCGGGCGCCGCUCCCCCCGCCAACGCUGCCAAUCCUCCCGCCGCUGCCCCAGCCGCCGCCGCCGCCACGACUCCAGCUGCUGGCGCCGCCGCUGCUGCUACCACUCCGGCAGCGGGUGCUGCUGCUGCCACUACUCCGGCAGCGGGUGCUGCUGCUGCCACUACUCCGGCUGCUGGCGCCGCCGCUGCCACCACGCCCGCCGCCGGAGCCGCUGCCGCGACGACCCCAGCUGCGGGCGCCGCCAAUACCACUCCAGCUGCGGGCGCCGCCGCUACCACUCCCGCCGCCGCCGCCGCUGCCGCCACUACUACUACCCCCGCUGCCGGCGCCGCCACCACCACGCCGGCGGCAGCAGCUGACCCUGCCACCGCGAAGACCACCACUCCCGCCGCCGCUGGUGCUGCUACCGCUAAGACCACCACCCCGGCGGCCGAUGCGGCUGCUACUGCCAAAACCACCACCACCCCGGCGACUGACCCCGCUGCCGCUGCCAAAACCACCACUACCCCUGCUGCCGCCGACCCUGCGGCUACCACUCCCGCAGCGGCUGAUCCUGCUGCCACCACUCCUGCUGCCGGUGCCGCUACCACGACGCCCGGUGUUGCUGGCGCCGCGACCACUCCCGCGACCGGCACUGCCACUACUCCGGUUGCCCCUGGCACGUCCGGCGUCUCCGCGUCGCUGACGUCGAAGAUCACUGGUGCCGGUACCCCUGGCGCUCCUGCUGCGGGUGGUCUUGCCACCUACCCUGCCGCGGGCGGGGUGUCCGAUGACCCCACCACCAAGUCGUUGACGUUUGUCACGCUGAGGGUGAUGCGCUCGAACACCGCUGACCCCAACUACACUCAACCGACUGCCUCCAAUGUCUCGAACCAAGUCAACGCGGCCGGUACGCACACGGUGCCCAUUUAUAUGAUGCUCGCGUUGGGCGGCAUUUCGGCUGCGAUGGGUUUAAUUUAG